UUGGGGCUUCUCGGUGCUGGAGGGUCGGCGCCAGGCCCGGCGGAGGCAGCGAUGCUCCCCGAGGGCUGAGGACAGAGGAUGAGGUCGCGGCCAGGCGCGCCAGGCACUGGGAGCCGUGGGGUCGCACCCGCGGAAAGUUGGCGCGCACCUGCUCGCGCCUGGAAGAUGUUCGGUCUCUGGGCCGAAUUGCUCCCCAACUGUCUUUGGCAAUUUCUUAACCCCGGGGCAUCGGGCGUCCCGAACCCUGCGUGGCCCCGGGUUCCCGGAUUCUGAUCGCUGGGAGAGAGAAACCCGCGCUUUUGUAAGGGAUCUGCGCGGUAACGGAUGCUUAAUCGAUUCGUCCUGAAUGGUUGCGACUCUAUUUUUGUUUUCUGCUUUUCUUCUUCUUCCAGACAGUGAGUUUGUGGAAGCCUCUCCCGCGCCCUACAGCUCAGAGGAGUUAGGACCCGCUCCUGUUUGUUACAGUCCCAGUAGUCCUGUCCAGAUUCUAGAAGACCCCAACUACUUUUUCCCAGACUUUCAGCUCUAUUCUGGGAGGCAUGAAGCAUCUGCUUUGACGGUGGAGGCGAACAGUAGCAUUAGGGAAAAAGUUGUUGAGGAUCCUCUUUGUAACUUCCACUCCCCAAACUUCCCGAGGAUCUCAGAGGUGGAAAUGAGAGGUUCCGAGGAUGCGGCAGCUGGAACAGUAUUACAGCGGCUGAUCCAGGAACAACUGCGGUAUGGCACCCCGACCGAGAACAUGAACUUGCUGGCCAUUCAGCACCAGGCCACAGGGAGCGCAGGACCAGCCCACCCUACAAACAACUUUUCUUCCACGGAAAACCUCGCUCAAGAAGACCCACAAAUGGUCUACCAGUCAGCACGCCAGGAACCCCAGGGUCAAGAACACCAGGUGGACAAUACGGUGAUGGAGAAACAGGUCCGGUCCACGCAGCCUCAGCAGAACAAUGAGGAACUGCCCACUUAUGAGGAGGCCAAAGCGCAGUCCCAGUUCUUUAGGGGGCAGCAGCAGCAGCAACAGCAACAGCAGGGGGCUGUAGGUCAUGGUUACUACAUGGCUGGGGGCACCAGUCAGAAGUCCCGGACUGAGGGGAGGCCCACAGUGAACCGUGCCAACAGUGGACAGGCACAUAAGGAUGAGGCGCUGAAAGAACUUAAGCAGGGCCACGUCCGCUCUCUCAGUGAGAGAAUCAUGCAGCUGUCAUUGGAGAGGAAUGGUGCCAAGCAACACCUCCCUGGGUCAGGGAAUGGAAAAGGGUUCAAGGCAGGAGGAGGACCCUCCUCAGCCCAGCCUGCAGGUAAAGUUCUGGACCCCCGGGGACCUCCACCCGAGUACCCCUUCAAGACCAAGCAAAUGAUGUCUCCGGUCAGCAAGACCCAGGAGCAUGGACUUUUCUACAGUGACCAGCACCCUGGGAUGCUCCAUGAGAUGGUCAAGCCCUACCCUGCUCCUCAGCCUGCGAGAACAGAAGUGGCCGUCCUGAGGUACCAGCCGCCCCCAGAGUAUGGGGUAACGAGCCGCCCAUGCCAACUUCCUUUCCCGUCAACAGUGCAGCAGCACAGCCCGAUGUCCUCCCAGAACUCCUCCGUCAGCGGGCCUCUGCACUCCGUCUCCUUGCCACUUCCGCUUCCCAUGACCCUGGCAGCUCCACAGCCCCCGCCUGCCGCCUCCCCUAGCCAGCAGCUUGGUCCAGAUGCGUUUGCGAUCGUGGAGCGAGCCCAGCAGAUGGUGGAGAUACUAACAGAGGAGAACCGGGUGCUUCACCAGGAACUUCAGGGUUACUAUGACAAUGCUGACAAGCUCCACAAGUUUGAAAAAGAACUUCAGAGAAUUUCGGAAGCCUAUGAGAGUCUGGUCAAGUCUACCACCAAGAGAGAGUCACUGGACAAGGCCAUGAGAAACAAACUAGAAGGCGAGAUUCGGAGACUUCAUGAUUUCAACAGAGACCUCCGAGAUCGUCUGGAGACUGCCAACAGGCAACUGUCCAGCAGGGAAUAUGAUGGGCAUGAAGACAGAGCUGCGGAGGGACUUUAUGCUUCCCAGAAUAAAGAAUACUUGAAGGAAAAGGAGAAGCUAGAAAUGGAGUUAGCAGCAGUGAGGACUGCGAGUGAGGACCACCGGAGACACAUUGAGAUCCUGGACCAGGCUCUGAGCAAUGCCCAGGCCAAGGUCAUCAAGCUGGAAGAGGAGUUACGAGAGAAGCAAGCAUAUGUUGAGAAGGUGGAGAAGCUGCAGCAGGCCCUGACCCAGCUGCAGUCAGCAUGUGAGAAGCGAGAGCAGAUGGAGCGGAGACUGCGGACCUGGCUGGAGAGAGAGCUGGAUGCGCUGAGAACCCAGCAGAAACAUGGAAAUGGCCCACCAACCAGCAUGCCAGAAUACAAUGCCCCGGCUCUCAUGGAACUUGUGAGGGAGAAGGAGGAGCGGAUCCUGGCCCUAGAGGCCGACAUGACCAAGUGGGAGCAGAAGUACCUGGAAGAGAGCACCAUCCGACACUUUGCCAUGAACGCUGCAGCCACUGCCGCAGCCGAGAGGGACACGACGAUCAUCAACCACUCGAGGAACGGCAGCUAUGGUGAGAGCUCGCUGGAGGCCCACAUCUGGCAGGAGGAGGAGGAGGUGGUACAGGCCACCAGGAGGUGUCAGGACAUGGAAUACACUAUUAAAAAUCUCCAUGCCAAAAUCAUAGAGAAGGACGCCAUGAUUAAGGUCCUUCAGCAGCGAUCCCGUAAAGAUGCCGGGAAGACGGACACCUCGAGCCUGCGGCCUGCCCGCUCUGUGCCGUCCAUUGCCGCAGCCACUGGGACCCACUCUCGCCAGACCUCUCUUACCAGUAGCCAGUUAGCCGAAGAGAAGAAGGAAGAGAAGACCUGGAAGGGGAGCAUAGGGUUGCUGCUGGGGAAGGAGCACCAUGAACACGCCUCCACCCCCGUGCUGCCCACCCCACCCGCCGCAGCGCUGGCCCCCACAACCUCUGCCACGUCUGCCAGCAGUGCCCACGCCAAGACGGGCAGCAAGGACAGCAGCACCCAGACAGACAAGAGCGCUGAACUCUUCUGGCCCAGCAUGGCCUCCUUGCCCAACCGCGGCCGGCUGAGCGCGACCCCUUCCAACAGCCCGGUUCUGAGACACCCAGCGGCCAAAGGGGCUGCAGAGAAACCAGAGAACUCUCCUGGCCAUGGGAAGUCACCCGAGCACAAAGGCCGUGUCAGCAGCUUGCUCCACAAGCCCGAGUUUCCUGACGGAGAGAUGAUGGAAGUUCUCAUCUAACAUUGGCCUCCCUGCUGAAUUCCAUAACAGAACAUUGACAAACGAGGAACGUGGCAGAGAGGGAGAGGAAAGAUCGAGAAGGUUGUGGAUGGGAAAUCAGAAAUGAUUUGAACUGAUACGGAUUUCAGAUUAGUAAGAACACUUUUUAUAAAUGUUCAGAAAAGAAAACACAGGAGGCCUACAUGACUGAAGAUGAAGAGAAUGCUAUGGACUUUUAUUGCAUAUGGUGGAAGAGAGAAGAUGCAUGUAGGUUUGGAAACAGAAGUAGGAAGUUGAAUUUUUGUAUUGUACAGAAAAUGUAUCUCUUGGGGAGGGUUUGUGUGUACCCAUUCUCUGGUUAUAAACAGAUAAACCUAAACAUGGAUCUUCCUUGGAAUACCCCAUUCUCCUUGCCUCUUAGCUUGUUUUGUUUAAGAAGAACCUCCUAGAAAUCUCAGCGAGCCCAUCUUGACAUAAUGUAAUAUCACCUGUGCCAUCCAUGGGGCAUCCUGUGAAUGUGUGUGGGUGUGGCAGUGAGAAGAAGUGUCCAGAGAUGAUGGGGAAUUUAAAGGGAGGUCUUCAUCUAAUUACCUGCUUGGUUUGGAUUUUCAGGAGAUGUGGGGGCUUCUUAGCUUUUCUGGAUUCAGCAGUAUUUUCUAAGCACGAUGGGAGUGUUAUGGCCUUGGUGCUCAUCCUCCCUAACUUCUCUGAGUUCAUCUCUGUCUCUGCUUUAUUCUCUUUCAUUUUACUCUUCUUUUCCUUCAUUUUUUUCCACUUUUUAAUAAGACAUGGCAGAAUUCCUUAGGCCUGGGCUUUGUUAGAGCAGUAUCUGAACUGCCACCAUUCCUGCUGUGUUUAAUAGUGACCAGUGGGACAAAGCCACACCCUGGCUUCCUGGGUGCUUCCUCCACCUGGGAGUGGUUGGGCUGCAGUGUUAAUCUCAUUCUGACUGUGCACUAGGUAAGCCUUGACAGACGAGGCGGAAGAUCCAUGGCCACUGUGGUAUCUUGCAUUAAGAUCAUGGCCCUGGCUUUUCUCUUGCACAGAAUUUGGUAUUUCCACCCCGUUGCUCUGUUGGGGUAAGACUUUCAGGACUGCCCUCCAGGAAAUGUGUGGCACUUGGCUUACUCGCAUCCAGAAUCUCACCAGCAGCUUGUACCACUUUCUAGUAUUUGUGGCUCACGAGCAUAGUCACCACUCUCCCCACCCCCCGCACUCCUCUGGCCGCUGUUGUUGAGCACACGGAUUUCUGUGAGUAUCAGCGCAUGUGUGUUAACACAUGAGUUUUUCUCCACCAUGAACUUGUGUUAUAACCUAACAGGCCAGUAUAUAUACAGUGUGAUCAGGUUUUUCGAGGUUUCAGUUUGCAGCAAGUUGUCAACGUAAGACAGAAAUACCAUGUUAAAGAGCCAGGAGUGAGUGAGGUAGUGGGCCUCUUAUGCCCGUGUGUGAUGUUUCCCAUCUGACUCCGCAGACAUCGGCUUUCUUUACAAAUCUAGGAGGUGCUGGGUCAGAAAAGAAGAGAAGCCAAUCAGGCCAUCACAUGCUCUUGCCUGGUCCUGACAUUUUCUUCCCUCCAGGUCAGCUGGUUCUGUGUUUUCCCAGGUCCCUUUCCUUAUGCUUACUAAAGGGAAGAGGGAAAAAAGCCCUGGAUCUGAGACUUUUUCAAGUCCAACCUAAAUGAAACCCUGAAGACAACGUUCUUGGGACAUUUUGCUUGGGAGGCUUAUUUUGGGGUUGGUCUUUGGGGUGUAACCUGGGAGAAGUUAUAGCCUCCCCACAUUGAGGUGGUAGAAGGAUGACAGGUGUAGGCUGGAAAAGGGGAGGGAGGAAACCAAUGGCUUUGGCCGGAGGGCCCUCCGAGCCAUCCAGCAUGGCAGAAUAAGCAGGAACUGACUCUUCCCAAGCUCUGCCUGCAGUGGGCGCUGGGCUUACGCUUCAUGCACGUUGCCUCCUUUAGUCCCACAGAGUAUUGUGCAGCCUGGUAAACCAGAGUGGCUCACCUAGUGCCCUGGGGUGUGGAGAGAGCAGGGAGGCCUCGUCACAUCACAGGGGAAAAAUUGUGUAUGGAUGAGGGUGGGGAUGGGGCAGAGGGCCCCCCAUCUCUGUCUCAUGGCUUUUCACAGCUGAUGAGGUUCAGUUGAUGGCAACUAACUCUCUCAAGGACAUUUUGACCCCUGAUUAAUGUUGGGGAUGGACCAGGAAGGAAAGAAAGUGUCUAGAGAUAGGAGGGCAAGUCACUUCUGCCAGCCCCCACCGCCCACGUCUAGGCCAUCCCAAACUUGGGAUGUCUCCCUGAGAAGCAAGUAAGAGCAAGAGCCGCAGCCCAGUCCCCCCAAUCCUUGUCUUUAUACUCCAGCACACCUUGCCUGUGUGCUCAGGCACGAGGCCACUUGCUCUCCUUGGUCCCCCUGAGUUGUCAGGCGUGUUAACUGUCUGAGUGCAAACACAGACACCACCAUUUUUCAGUUGUGCUGUGGUCUUUUGUCAAUCAUUUUUUAUUCUAACCUGCUGAGACUCUUCCAUAAGAAGAGAUCUAUAGCUUUAGAAAGUUUUCUUUUAUGGGAGAUUUCGUGCUGAGCCAGGGCCCCCCAAUACUUAUUAUCCUUAUAGCUUUCUCGAAGCCUUGCUUGCAGAUAGGAGAAAGGAUGGCAAAUACUGAGCACCCGGCUCUGCCUGCACUCUGGGCAGUUUACAAUAUACCUUGUUUGAUUUUCAGAAAGUUAGUGCUGACUAGAUGCAAGCACUGUGGCAAGUACCUUUGAAUGAGUCCUCAAACCACCUGGGGAGCAGGGGCAAGUUUAUUAUUCUUAUUUCACAGAGGAGGAAGCUGGGUGUGGGGAGGUUAAGUCCCUUCCCAGAGCCUGGCAGCCGGUAGAGGCUGGGAUCUGCACCAAGUGUUCGGGAGACGAGCCGUGCCUUAGUCACAGGCUGGACUGCCCAGACGUGGGGAUAAUAACCAUCUGCCAUGUCUGUGAUGUGGGCACGUGUGCACAUACACACAUAUACGCGUGUGCACACAUGCACACACACACAGCUGCCGCACCUCUCGGGAGCUAAGAAAUAGGACUAAAAUCCAGAACUCCUAGAAUUGCCCAUAAACACCAGGCAUAGUUGGAAAUCCUUGUGUUCCGUUAUAAGCAAGGUUACAAAAUACAUCUAAAAAGCGCUUCCCUGUUGUCCAGCGGCCUGGACUUUUUCAGAACUUCCCGGGGUGUCUGCCUGUGGAACUUGGGGAUCCUGUCUCAGGGUGAAGGGUCAAGGCUUUGGCUCUGUGUGAAGAAACAUGCCAGAGUAAUUCUGCUUCCCCGUUGACUGUGUCAUCAGGCAGUUUGGGUGUGCUGCACAGGGUAUUAUAUGGCAUAGGAGAUGUUGCUGGAUUCCAGUCUCUAACCUGACAUUUUGACUAAGUAGAUGGUUCUCUAUGUAAGAGCUAUUCCUAUCAACAGGUCCAUCGAGCUAAGCUGCCAGGAAACACAUUUUGCAAAAAUAUCAGAGUGUGUGCAGAGCCUUGUCUGAGCCUUUUCUUCUCUUAGCUUUUCUUCUGCUUCCCAGAGGUUGGUAGCUAAUGACAGUGCUGCAUUCAGCCUGUUCCAAGCAGGCAUGUGGGACAGGGCUGCCGCAUGCCACCCCGGGCCUUGAGUGGAGGACAGAGAGCGGGGGGCCUCCUCUCUUCAGCCCUGCAGGGCUUGUUCUUUGGAGCAGUGUGAAUUUGGCUGCACAGGGCUCGGGUUGGAUAUCGAGACAGUUGCUCCAAAUGAGUAGUGGACUUGGAACAGAGGAUGCAGUGGUUCUGGUGCUCAGGGAGAGGGCUGUGGGAACACCCCCUGUAGAGAAGCUGGUCGUCACUCCUGUUUGCUCUCUCCCGGGUUUGCGCCCAGCCACCUGUAUCCUCAGGAUGCAGUGGCUGAAGCGCCUUCGUGCUGAGUGCUGAUGGAGUGAGCAGUUCUCCCUACCCAGCAGCUUUCUGAGUCCCAGAGGCCGAGGUGAACGCAGACGUCGGUGAGGCUGGGUGCCGAGGCGGCAGUGAAGAAUAGAUUGGGGGUUUAAAAGCUUUCAAGGUAGGGAGCUCACGCGUAGACUGCAGAGCGCUAUGCUGAGCAGAGAGGUGCGUUUUCCAAAACCAAAGUCCUGCUCCGUGUCUGCACUGGAGCCAGUGGAGUGUGUUUCUGUGUGCUCCGAAUGACCGUGCUCUCCUCCUAAACAAAGGAGUACCAGGCCAUGGUCACUGAGAGCCCACGAACCUUCUUAAACGGUGAAAGCUUUAAGUAGCCAGAGAGUAUCCAGCCCAUGGUGGCUUCUUCACAUCCCCAAACCUGAGGCAGCCGUGGCAUACGCUUUAUAAAUGUUGGUUUUCUUUUCUUUUUUCUUGCUAAUUAAUCAGUGUGUUUCAAAUGUCUUCAUUUAAUGUGAGGAUUGUUUAAUGGGUUUGCCUCUGAUGUGUGGCUCCAGGGGAGAUGGGCAGAGUAAUUAAGAAGUUACCAGAAGCUGAUCAGCUGGGAGCAUGUGAAGGUCAGCAUUUCAGUAAAUGGAUUUCUUCUGGAACUAAAGAGCAAUUUUUUUCUCUUCCUUUCAAGUAGUGUACCCUUUUCUCGUUUAGUAAUUUAAUGGUAUAUAAAGAUGUGUAUAUGUCAGUGCAUACAUAGGAGGUAUGACUAUAUGUAACUAUAAGGUUGUGUAUUGAAUUUCUUUUCUUAAUAUCCAGACGAUCCAAAUGUUUCAUCUCACCCCACCCUCCUUAAAAGAUGACCCUUUGGGAGACUCUAUACUGAUUACUGCACUGUUGCCUGAGUAGAAACAUUUUGUGAACGCCUCUAUUGGAAUGGCCUUUGGGGGCCUGGCACGUUCCUCUGAUUAUGCUUAGAGAUGAGAAAUCUUCAUCCUUGGAGGAUGGACUUAAGUUUGGAAAUAAGCCCAAGUCCUUCACUCAGUUGGAUAAAUAAAGAUGGGUGAUUAAGGUAAGUCACACCAUUUUAGCUUUUUUAAAAAUAAAGUUCCUAAGAUGUUCCUUGGAAUGAAUCUUUGGCCUCUAGAGCCUCUCAAAGUGACCACUUCAAAGGAGGAUAGUAGUCAUUAGUACCCGUAACUUCUAGUAGAUUCAUUUUUAGAAAGUGCUUCUCCUGCCAUACCUCGUGUGUGUUCACAUCUCUGCAUACACACAGAUGUCAGCACAUAUUCAUUAGCAUAGACCUCCAGUAGGCGUUCUGUAAAACCGUGUUAUACUUAAGUGCAUGUUAUCAUCACGUUAUGCUGUGACUGAGGUGUUUCUUUGUCAUGAAACUUUGCUUCUUCACAGAAUUAAAAUUCUGUUCUCAAUAUAAUGAAGUACAUAGCCAGCAUUUUCUUGUAUCAGCUCCUGAAGUUUUGAUGCCCAGUAGUGUGUUGACAUGUGAUUUUGCCUAGGAUUCUGUUCACAUGUAGACACCUGUAAGUAUUUAUUACAAAACAGAAUGUAAGCAGUUUUAUCCACAGUGGUUUUCUUUGAAUUAAGGUGUUUUCCCCUUUUGUGGAGGGACAGUGGAGCCCCCUCCUCAAUGGGACACUGACAGAAGCUGUGUGAAAUUCUGUAAACCAAGGGCAGGCGCGUGCACCGACCUCAGCCAAAACUUGACAGCCCUGCUGCCACCGCUCUUUCCGCCUGCCGCGUGUGUGUCGCUGUGCUUGGUGGCAGUGUGCUGUGUGCUCUCCAGCGGACUGUGGUGUACCUUUUGGCAUCUUUGUCUUGCUGGUCUGUAUUGCAGGGGGUGUGCAGAGCUGCACAGCCAGUGGGUCUGUGUACAGAGUUGGGGGGGGUGUCCAGGAACACAGCGUGUCCCCCACAGCAAAUAUUGAUACUGUUGGUCAGCCAAAGAUUUCCCUCUCCUUUGCUGCUUAAACUUGUGCCUUAAUAUUGUAUAUAAUAAAUGGAUGAAAUGGC